AUGGAAGAAGGUGCGGCUCAAAUGGAUUUGGAUACUGGGUUCGUGACUUUACGAAAAAGUUUUGGUGUCUGGUCUAAAGUAGGAUCUAAAGCGGCGAAUGGCUUGUUUCCAGAGAACGAGGGCUCCAUCUCAGAAGCAGAGCCGAGCCGAGCCACUCACCAAACCAUAUCAACACGAAUGCAACGAAUGCAACUGAUUGAGCGCAAUGAAAUACGGCUGAAAAGUAGUUGA